AUGAAGGCCAUCCUUCAUCUCCUAGUCUCUCCCCCGUGUGGCUUAUCAAUCAAUCCUCACUCUUCUGUUUCUUCUCCCCUUUCCCUCCACCCCUCAUCCCCUCUCAGUGGCCACACAGUACUCCUGGAGGCUGACGUGGACAUUGCUGCCAUCCUCGCCACUCACGGCUUCGCUCCCACCAAUCACGCGCUGCCACGCGAGCGUGGCGAGCGUUCGGUUUUUGCGAACAGCAACGAGGCAGCCACUCAGCGAGAGGCACAGGAGGGUGUGAUUGGACGAGACGGAGAGGCGGCCCUCAUUGGGCGAGAAGGAGAGGAGGUAGCAGGAGGGGAGCCUUCUGCAGCUGUUCCGACCCAGGCGUUGCGGGGAGGUGGGGGAGCUGGGGGGUCUGAAGCUCCUCUGAGAGAGCAGAAGGACUUGCAGGCAGUUGAAGGGCAGAAGAUGGGGGAUCGUACAGAGGAUGGGAGUGGGAGGGGCGAAGGAGACG